AUGACCGUUAUCUCGACUCCACUCACCAAGUACGAAACCCACUACGACCCCACCAAGGUCCUCGACCACCCCGACUUCCGCAUUCUCGCGCCCGGCGAUGCGUCGAUCAAGGACAAGACCGUCAACCUCGCCUGUGCCUAUAACCCCGCUCACGAGGUGCACAUGAUCGCCAAGCCGACGCCCACCGCAGGGCCGGGGGAGGCGGUCGUACACGUCAAGGCUACAGGCAUCUGCGGCUCUGACGUGCACUUUUGGAAGCACGGCCACAUCGGGCCGACCAUGGUGGUGCGUGACGAGUGCGGUGCCGGGCACGAGUCGGCGGGCGAGGUCAUUGCCGUUGGCGAGGGUGUGACCAACCUCACUGUCGGCGACAGGGUUGCGAUCGAGGCUGGUGUGCCGUGCGGACGGGCAGACUGUCACUUUUGUCUCAUCGGGCGGUACAACGCUUGCCCAAACGUCGUCUUCUUCUCGACCCCGCCAUACCACGGCACCCUUACGCGGUUCCAUGUCCACCCAGCCGCGUGGCUACACAAGCUGCCGGACAACGUGUCGUUCGAGGAGGGCUCGGUGUGCGAGCCACUCGCUGUCGCGUUGGCUGGCCUUGAGCGUGCUGGUGUCCGCCUCGGAGACCAGGUGAUCAUCUGCGGCGCAGGACCAAUCGGUCUCGUCACCCUCCUCGCAGCGCGGGCGGCUGGCUGUGCCCCCAUUGUCAUCACAGACCUCUUCCAGUCUCGCCUCGACUUUGCAAAGUCCCUAGUCCCGAACGUACGCACAGUGUGCAUCCAGAAGCACUGGACGCCUGAAGAGACGGCUACAGAGAUCAAACGGGCUGCUGGUGGCGAGCUCAAGCUAGCUCUCGAGUGCACUGGCGUGGAGAGCUCGAUCCGCAGCGCCAUCUUUUCGGUGGUGUUUGGCGGCAAGGUGUUCGUGAUUGGCGUUGGCAACUCUGAGCAGACGUACCCAUUUGGCUACAUGUCGGCAAACGAGAUCGACCUCCAGUUCCAGUACCGCUACGCCAACCAGUACCCGAAGGCGAUCCGCCUCGUCGCCGAAGGUCUCGUCGACCUCAAGCCACUCGUCACCCACCGUUUCCCGCUCGAGCAGGCGGUUGAGGCGUUCCAUGUCGCCGCUGACCCUUCGCAGGGCGCGAUCAAAGUGCAGAUUCAGGACUAG